CAGGCCUCGUCUCGGCGGAUCGUUCUUCACACCGCGUCUGCGGCCACAGGAGCCUUCACCAUAGGCCACGUUACCAUGGCCACCCACUUCUCCAAGGAUCAGGAGGAGAGAAUCAAGUGUGUUAAGGGGGACCUUUUCUCAUGCCCCCAGACGGACUCAUUGGCUCACUGCAUCAGCGAGGACUGUCGCAUGGGUGCAGGCAUAGCUGUUCUUUUUAAGAAAAAGUUUGGAGGCGUACAAGAGCUGUUGGAUCAACAAAAGAAGACUGGGGAGGUGGCAGUUCUCCAAAGAGAUGACCGAUACAUUUACUAUCUGAUUACAAAGAAGAAAGUUUCUCACAAACCGACAUAUGAGAGUAUGCGAAAGAGUUUAGAAGCCAUGAAAGCUCACUGUCUAAACAAUGGAGUUACUGACAUUUCCAUGCCUAGGAUUGGAUGUGGACUUGACCGCCUGGAUUGGAAUAAAGUUUCAGCAAUACUUGGAGAAGUCUUUGAAGACACAGAUAUAAAGAUCACAGUUUACACUCUGUGAGCAAAAGGGUUUAAAGAGCCCCAUUUCCCUUGUUUCCAGGAGGGGAAACCUGUUAACUGAUGAGGAGGGAAAGUGCAUGCUGAGCACAUUCUUUGUCUGACUGUAGCUGACUCUUGUGUUGUCAGUGGCAGUGGCUUUUAACAACAGCAAGAACAACAAAAAAAAGCUCCAGAGU